UAACGUUAAUGGGCCCCCGCCCAUACAUGGCUUUCUUACCAACCCGUGAGUUUACAAAAGAUCUCGUCCACCCUCCCCUCCAACCAGCCUCCUUUCUUCUCUCCAUCAUCAACAUCAACUACAACCACCAACAACCAACAACAACAACAUUGAUGAACAUCGAGCAUUGAAGCACUACCCCAGACUCCAAGUCACGUCGACCUGACCAGACUACCAAACCAAAACACCAACAGUACCCACACCAGUGACUCAGAAAGCAAUUCCAUCAACACCAACAACCCUCAAAAUGCCUUCCUCAGUUACUUUCUCCGCUGCAACAGCGAACACCAAGUCAGCCAGCCAAUCCAUCUACACCCGACCUCCCCAGAAGAAGCAGAAGAUGAGCAUCACUCAGACCUACUUCCUCGCCCACAGCGCUCGCGGCAAGCUCUCCCGCGAGGCUGCCCGACCUGACCACGACCUCCGCCUGUUGGUGGGACACGCCAACAUGCUCGACUCCCUGAUGCUCGAUUUGGCCAACGCCGAGCAGGAGCAGGAACGGUGGUUCAACAACAUUGUCAACGGAUCGCAGUCAGAAGAGGAAGAGGAGGAGCGACAUCGACAUGUUGAGACCAUUGUGGAGGAGCCCGAGGCCGACUGGGAACCAGAAGAUGCCACCUCGUCGGAGGAAGAGUCAGAGGACGAGUCCGAGCAGAAGCCAGACACCAAGGUGACGGCCAUCGAGGUCGACUCGGAUAUGGAAGAUGACGACGAGGAGAACGAGGACCUGACUCUCGUCCGCACUGCCUCUCGACACUCCCCUCCCGAGCUCAGCCUUGACACCGACUCCGACUCAGAAGACGAACACAUGCCACCCUCACCACCCACCCACACCAUUGAAGUCCUGAGCGAGAAGCAAAGACAAGCCAUUGCCACGACUUCAUUCUACGAUGCCAAGGACAAUGCCUCCUUAUCACCCGAAGAGUCGGAAGCCUUCGAAGAAGAAGGCUUCUACCUCCCUUCAAGGCAACAGCCAACCAUAAUCGCUGCCUAUUGAGCAGGUUGAUUGACCGCCCUUGAAAACGACUCUUUGUGAUACCCAGCAGCGUUCUAGCAAUCUCGGCAUCUCACGGCAACUUGACGUCUUUUACGAGCAUGGUGUUUAUGGUAUCUUUACACUUCUGGAUUCUGUCGGUGGAAUCAAAAUGUAUUCAACACGGAAAUUUGGGCCAGUCUAGGAGGAACACACGCAAGGAGCCACGAGAGCAGGGCGAGAUUGGAGGAGGGGAUUCCAUGGCCUCAUUGUCGACCCAUUAGUCGUGGCCGCUGUGCCAGCGUGGGAAAGCAAUGCAGGGAUUGGAAGACCUCGACCGCCUCGACCAUGCUUCAACAUUGUUGGCUCUGGUUUCUCAAUAUGACUCUACUCUAUGUACAAUGGCAGAUAGUUCUCCCUCGAUACUAGCAUCGGAGGUCGAGACACCUGACACAAAUGAUAAUUCAUUUGAAAAAAGGCAUCUACACUAUUGUUUCAUCUCUUGCACAAUAUCCAGCAUUGACUUCCGAUCUCCCGGUGUCCCCCAAGCCUUGUUGCGGAGGCUGGUUGUUGCCCUUCGCGCUUAGAUUAAAGCCGACCG